AUGGAUGUACUUUAUUUUAAACGUUUGGUUGAGAGGGAUCUUUUAGAGUCCCGAUUUGGUGAGCUCUUUUCGGAUGCUAAUGAGUUGAAUGAAAGUAAGGCCAUGGGAGAUGACUUGUCCAAUGAGGAAUUAACAAGCAUGAAAUUCACGUUAAAAACCAAGGAUAAUGAAAUCAAGAGACUGAGGGAAGUCAUUAAUGUUAUGAGCAGCAAUAAUAAAAGGAUGAGCGAUGACCUGAUUGGUGCAAAUAUCGAGAACACGGUACUACAGGAAAAAUUGGACUCUUUAACGCAAGAGCACAACGAAUUGGUCAAGAGGUGGCUGCAAAAAGUUCAAAAUGAUGUUGAAACUAUGAAUGCUACAAUAGAAUCGCAUGGAAAUAGAUGA